AUGGCGGACGCCGAACAACAACAUAAGCUCUCGCAGGAGCAAAUCGACCACUUUGUACAGCAUGGAUGGAUCAAGCUUUCAAACUGUUUCACGAGAGAACAAGCCGAUGGCCUGCAAAAGAACCUCUGGACUCGCUUGGGUAUGGAUCCCAACGACAAGUCGACAUGGCACACCGAGCGCACAAACAUGCCCUUCUUCAACGAGUUCAACGUUUCUGACUUCGCGCCGAAAGCCUGGGCGGGUAUCUGCGAAUUGCUCGGAGGGUCUGAACGCGUCGACUCGAACGCAUCCACAUGGAAAGAUGGCUUCAUCGUCAACCUUGGUACACCAGAAGGCCACAACAAGGUUAUCAAACCACAACAACUCCCCGGCUGGCAUGUUGACGGCGACUUCUUUGUACACUACCUCGACUCGCCCGAGCAAGGUUUGCUCGUCAUCCCACUAUGGUCUGACAUUGCACCGGGCGGCGGCGGAACUUACAUUUGCCCACCCGCUAUUGAAACAGUAGCCAGAUGGCUUCAAGAUAACCCCGAAGGAGUUAGUCCGCGAAUGACGCCACGGGCCCAGAACCCAGAGUUUGUGCAAGAGAAGGGACUGAAGUGGUUCAACGACGUUGCUGCAGGCUUCCCAGAUGAAGCUUUUGUCGAGGCUACAGGUGUUGUUGGAGACGUUUACCUCCUGCACCCUUUGAUGUUGCACUCGGCGUCGAACAACCAGCUCCGUCAGGUGCGCGUAAUCACAAAUCCACCCGUUUCGGUCAAGGAACCUUUUGUGUUCGACCGGGAAGAUGGUGACUACAGUGCCGUGGAGAAGAAGACGUUGGCCGCACUCGGGAAGGAGAGGCUCGAAGGAUGGAAGACCAAGGGCGAACGACAAAAGGUCGUGCCGGAACGUGUGAGGAUACAGGAAGAGAUGAAGAAGAAGGAGGAGGAGAGACUGAGGAAGUUGCAGCAGGGACAAAGUCAGAGUAGUGGACUCGAGUCGGCGGCGCAGGUCAAGACUGCGGCCUAG